AUGCCCAAGCAAUCGGCAAACUCCAAAAAACACUCAAAAACAAAAUCAGACAAAUUGAGCAAUAAUAACAAUAAUAGUAGUAGUAGUAGUAGUGGUAACAGUAGUAGUAACAAUAGUAACAACACAAUUUCAAACUGCGAAGCUACAUAUUCAGAUCAACAAGUAAUCCAACAACCACACUCAACAUUAGUAGAUGACAAUGAGGAAGACAACAAUCCAUUCCUGUACCACGAAGGAGUCACCAGUUUUGUCCAGCAAAGUCAACUACAUUCAAAAAACAAGGACACUCAAUUUGCCACAUCUUUAGUGAAUGACAAUACAGACUUUGAAGACGAAUCAAUGCUACUAUACAAGACAGAAAAAAAAUCAAGUAAUAUAAAUAAUAGUACAUCACAGCAACUGCAACAACUGCAACAACUGCAACAGAUGCAAAAGCCCCUGUUACCGCAUUUGCAAAGCAAGAGUGAAUCGUUCAAUACAGUGCAUAUGAACUUUGAAAGCCGCGUCACACGAAUGUUGAAACCACAAGUACAAGUCAGAAUCAAUAUCACUGAGGCCGGCAACUCAAAUGAGGGAAUGGCAAACCUGCUGAAGAAAUACAUAGUCUACACAAUCAGACUUGCCGAUUUAAACUCUAUAAAUAACGAAAUCAUCACGCGGAGAAGAUAUAGCGAUUUCGAAAGCCUAAGAGAAAUAUUGACCAAGAUAUUCCCCUUAAUCAUCAUACCACCCAUACCACCAAAGAAUUAUUUCGAUUUCUCAGUAUUCAACUUAGUAGGAGGGCAGAACACGGGAACAACAAGCACGGGAUUCACAAAUGGCAAUAUCGGAGCAAACAUUAAUAUGAAUUUAAAUGCAAAUGGAAGUGGGAGUGGAAGUGGAAUUGGGGGUGGAAGUGGAAGUACGGAUGGCAGCAAAACUACUCAAGGUUCAAACUAUCCCCAUACUCAAUACCAACACCACAACCACAACCACGAUACUUCAUCAUUAACUGGUGCUACACCACACGCUGCAUCACAGCAACCACAGCAUACCCACACAUCUUCCUCUUCGCUUUCCCCCAUUGCAAUACCCAACAAUCAAAUCACUUCAUCAACAUACUCCUACAUCAACUCAAGCCAUUUGAACAAGACCAAGUUGAUAGAACAUAGAAAACGACUAUUAACCAAUUUCCUCAACAAUUGCCUUGAGAUACCCCAAAUCAGACUGCUCGAGUUUUUCGCCAAGUUCCUCGACCCCAAUGCCAACUGGUCAGAUGAAAUCACCCUCAUCCAAAAUCAGCUACCCAAGAGCAAGUACUUGCUAAACCCAGAGAAUGGUUUGAAAACUGAUGCAAUAUAUCGUAAUUUACCCAACCCAUCGACAAAAAAGACAAUGAAUUUUUUCAAGGAUAAUAAACGCAAGUUUACCAAAAAGACCAAUCAAUUGAUCAGCAACAGCGUUGCAGCAACAUUACCAGACUUGUCCAAGGACACAGACUUACCACAACAACAACAACAAAAACAGCAGCAACAACAACAACAUGAAGAAGCAGAAAGUUUAGACCCAGAGUCAUUACAAAAACAACACCAAAAUAGCUUUAUCAUAAACACUUCUGGAUUAGACGAUAUCAAUAAACGCAUUAUGGCAAAUUUUAUGGGCUUAUCUAAUGACUAUGCAGAUUUGGGCAGCCAGCUCAAUUCAUUUUCCCUAAUGUUCUCAGAAACGAUACAUCUGCGACAUGAAGGAAAUGACAACUACAAUAAUAGCCGCAAAAGCCAUAACAUUAAAAAUAACAAUGGUAAUAAUAAUGAUGAUGAUAAUGGUAAUGGUGGUGUUGGUGGUGUUGGUGGUAAAGGCUUGAAUAGCAGCAGCAAAAACGACAAUAGCAAUGGUGGAACUGGUGCUGGUGCUGGUGCUGGUGCUGAUAAUGAUGACCUCGGGUCUAAUGAUAACGAUGACGACUUAAAUUACAUUCUAGACAAGGUGGGACAGGCAUUUGACAGAUCAUACAUUACCAUCAACUCAAUGAUUGGCGAGUUGGAAACUCAAUUCUCAGAACCUUUGGGCGAGGCAGUACAGUAUACGGAAAUGCUACAUCAUGUUACAAAGUACCAACUGAAGAAACUUAAACAGAAACAAAUGCUCGAAAGUGAAUUAAAGAGUAAACGAAAAGAGUUAGACGACUUGUUAAAAAUAGAAGGCGAUGCUGGUAACUCCAACAUCUUGACACAUAAUGAGGAUCGAAAUGGUGGGGGGAAAUCGCCAGAAUUUGCAUUGCCAAAAGAACAAGGUAAAAAUGGUGCUGAUGCAAAUGGAUCUCUGGUCAAUUCGGUUUCAAGAGCAACAAAUAAUAAAAAUGAUGAUAAUGAAAAUGUAAAUGCUAAUGUCAAUGUUAAUACUAAUGGAUCUAAGAAUAGCACAGCGACCUCGAGUUCCCGAUUCAAACUACCGAGCUUGAAAAAGCUUACACAAUACGUGAGCGAGAUUAUAGAUCAAAAUCCACAACAAACACGCAAGACCAAGAUAUAUGAAUUAAGCGACAAGAUCCAUAUCUUUGAACGUUGUCAGGAGAUAAUGUUGGCUGAUUUGUCAUAUAUAUUUGAUGAGGUGGAUAAGAAUUUACGUGCAUUUCAUGCACGCCAGUUACGUACGAUUUACGGCAUCUUGGUGUAUUAUAAUAGAGUAAUGAUUUAUUGGGCAAGAAAAAACACUGAGAUUUGGGAAGAGAUCAAAGAUGAAAUUAAACGGUUUUAA